UCAUUCCAUUUUAAUCAAAAAGUAAAUUGGAUACAGCAUAUACGAAUAUAUUGACUGUCAGUACAACUGAGCCAUACAACUGAUAGUCUAAGGCUGAUGACAAGGAGAAAGCUCCUAAAACAAGGCUUAGGGGAAGGCUGUUCCCCUGUAAGCAAAGCGGGCUAAGGGCAUUGGUGGCGCAGCAGCGUUCAGAAGUAGAGGGAAGUUUUGAUGUAUCAAGUACCGAGGGAAACACACACAGCGUGUCUGGAAACCAUCAGAAGAUGCUAGAAGGAAGUAGUCAUGGAUAAUUCUAGAAAUUUCUAGAACACCGACUGGAGGGGGUCAUUGUUUAAGAUGAGUACAGCCGAGUUUCUCUCCAAUUUAAGACACAAGACUGGAGAGAAAGGAGUCGUAGUAAACAGCCCCAACCGGGAGAGCAGGGGGUGUGAUAAUGAGGCGUUAAGGGGCAUUAGGGACAGUAAGAAAAGGAGAGUUGGGUGACGAUUACUGAGCACUGCUAUAGGGGGAGGCUCUCGCAGGGAUAAUCAAGGGAGAGGGGUGUGAAAUAAGGGUAACGAAUUGUAGGGGUAAACUGUGGGAAGGGGCUGCGCAGACUUCGACAGCAAAGAAAAAGAAGGAACGGGGCUGGGGCGUGGCCCAGAGAGGGAACGGCUCAAUAACGGGCUACGGGGUGAAAAGAAGCCGGGUGGGGAGGCGCUCUGCUGACAGCUGCCGCUCCCCCAUGGCGCCCACAGGGUUAAAAAUCAGGGGCCACGGGACCAGGCCGAACUCGGUUUCCAGGGCAACGGCUCCACAGUUCCGGCAGCGCAGGCCCGUACCAUUGCGCGGGCGCGGGGGAGCGGGAGCGGCGGAGGGGACGCGCUGCAGGGCGGCGGAGCCGGGGCCGGCCCGGGCGCUACCAAACGCACCGCCCGCCUGCUCGCCCGGGGUCUGCGCCGAGCCGCGCUCCGGCCGGACGGCCGCGGCGUCCUUGGUGCGGGGGCCGGCAGCUCCCAAGUGGCCGCGGACGGCGGGGGAGAAGGAACGCACGCCGCCGGCCGGGAUUGGCCUCCUGGUCCCCCCGCCUGGGCGGCGGAGUGCGGGCGGCCCGGGGCUGGGAGGUUUGAAAAGCGGGCGAGAGACAAAGGCAGCAGGAAGCCUCCUCCGCGCCCGGAGCCCGUGCGCCCGGCCCCCGGGGCCCCCUCGCCGCCCGCCGGCCCGCGGAGCAGCGGCGGCGGCAGGAGGCGGAGGAUGCGGCAGGGGGCGUGGGCGCGGCGGCGCGGGCGGAGCGGCGCGGCCCGGGCGCGGCGUGGGUAGAGCCGAGGCGGCGGCGGCGGCGGCCGGCCUCCGGGAGCGAGAGCGAGGCGCCUUCCCCGCCCGGGAUGUGAGCGCCGUGCGGAGCCCGGGGCGGGGGAGGGCCGGGCCGGAGGCGCAGCCGGCAGGAAGGAAGAACGGACGGACCAGGAGGAGGAGCGGCGGCGGCGGCCGGAGCCGGAAGGCGGGGAGGGGCCGGCCGUUGGGCCCGAGGCGGCGGCGGCGGCGGCGGCGGCUGGGGAGAAGCGCUCUCGUCGCCUGCCCGAGGCCGGAGCGGCGGGGCCCGCGCCUCCUCCCCCCAGCGCCGCGGAGGGGGGAGGAGGAAGAUGGAGACCCACAUCUCAUGCCUGUUCCCGGAGCUGCUGGCCAUGAUCUUCGGCUACCUGGACGUCCGGGACAAGGGGCGCGCGGCGCAGGUGUGCACCGCCUGGCGGGACGCCGCCUACCACAAGUCGGUGUGGCGGGGGGUGGAGGCCAAGCUGCACCUGCGCCGGGCCAACCCGUCGCUGUUCCCCAGCCUGCAGGCCCGGGGCAUCCGCCGGGUGCAGAUCCUGAGCCUCCGCCGCAGCCUCAGCUACGUGAUCCAGGGCAUGGCCAAUAUCGAGAGCCUCAACCUCAGCGGCUGCUACAACCUCACCGACAACGGGCUGGGCCACGCGUUUGUGCAGGAGAUCGGCUCCCUGCGCGCUCUCAACCUGAGCCUCUGCAAGCAGAUCACUGACAGCAGCCUGGGCCGCAUAGCCCAGUACCUCAAGGGCCUGGAGGUGCUGGAGCUGGGAGGUUGCAGCAACAUCACCAACACUGGCCUUCUGCUCAUCGCCUGGGGUCUGCAGCGCCUCAAGAGCCUUAACCUCCGCAGCUGCCGCCACCUUUCGGAUGUGGGCAUCGGGCACCUGGCCGGCAUGACGCGCAGCGCGGCGGAGGGCUGCCUGGGCCUGGAGCAGCUCACGCUACAGGACUGCCAGAAGCUCACAGAUCUUUCUCUAAAGCACAUCUCCCGAGGGCUGACGGGCCUGAGGCUCCUUAACCUCAGCUUCUGUGGGGGCAUCUCGGACGCUGGCCUCCUGCACCUGUCGCACAUGGGCAGCCUGCGCAGCCUCAACCUGCGCUCCUGUGACAACAUCAGUGACACGGGCAUCAUGCAUCUGGCCAUGGGCAGCCUGCGCCUCUCGGGGCUGGAUGUUUCGUUCUGUGACAAGGUGGGAGACCAGAGUCUGGCUUACAUAGCCCAGGGGCUGGAUGGCCUCAAGUCUCUCUCCCUGUGCUCCUGCCACAUCAGUGAUGAUGGCAUCAACCGCAUGGUGCGGCAGAUGCACGGGCUGCGCACGCUCAACAUUGGACAGUGUGUGCGCAUCACGGACAAGGGCCUGGAGCUGAUCGCUGAGCACCUGAGCCAACUCACCGGCAUAGACCUGUACGGCUGCACCCGAAUCACCAAGCGUGGCCUGGAGCGCAUCACGCAGCUGCCCUGCCUCAAGGUACUCAACCUGGGACUCUGGCAGAUGACGGACAGUGAGAAGGUCAGGAGGCACGAGGGGAUUUUUCCCCAUUAUUCACUGUGAGAACUCGGGGAAGCUCCAGAAGGUGAGGGAGAGGGGACAACGACAUGGUUCCCGUGGAUCUUUAACUUCCAGACUUGCCCGCUCUGCGCCUCCGGCACUCUGGUGAUGACAGCUCAGGUUUCCCUGCCUGUCACUGCUCCGGCAGAGGCUGCUGCCCAGGGCUUCUGCUCCGGUACCUUGUGAAGCUGCAUUCUCCUGCCGGUUUCUCCAGUUCUGGGGACGGUGGUUUGCUCUGAGACCUCGCUUCCUUUAUGGAUCCAAGGAGACUUGCUUUUUCAGUCUGUUCAGCUUUUUACUUGCUAGGAUGGAAUUGCAAUUUGCAAGCUUCUUCGACAGGAAACUAGAAGUUCCACACUUUACUUUUAUACAUAUAAAUAUAUACAUGUGUACAUAUAUCUAUGUACAGGGGUAUUAUAUAUAUACAUAUAAAAUGAUGAUAUAUAUAAUGAUGAUAUGUAUUACUGAGAACGUAAAAUAUCAUUACAUAGUGAUAGCUGGACACACAAGGAAUUCACAACUCCCCAAAGAAAAUACAUCUGGAUGACCUGCCUAGCAGUUUCCCCAUGAAAUAGUGGAAUGUCUCCAUAUUUCAUUCCCUGUUCCUGCCCUGAAACAGUUUCAAUCACUGACAAAUCAUUGUUAUUCAUUAAUAAUGUUCACUGAGUGCCCGUAUGUGAAAGAAAUCCACUCUACAUUCCACAGAUGCAUUUCCUCUCCCCACGGGGUUUCCAUUUGAACGGGAACAAUGUAGAAUAUAUCUGUCUUCCCUUUA